AUGGUUGGCAUAAGCAACGCUGACGAGUCUUACGAGCAGCAGGUGCAUGGCUACCGACCGAUUGGGUGUGGCAACAACGGCGAGGUAGUUGUGGAAGUAUCCUGUAAGGAAUUGGGCUACCAGGGAAUGGUCUGCGUACAAGAAUUUUCUGGACCGGACGUCGAGAAUAGGUUAAACUUUGUGCGGCGACUUCGCCAUCAAAACUUAGUAAAUGUACUAGGCAUAUUCCGCGAUAUAAACGCCGUACACAAGGCUUCUGUUACCUUCGAAUUCAUGCCUGUUGUUAUGAUCGACCUGUGUGGCCAGGUACAUUCAUAUCUUAAUGAGAUUAGGCUGGCGGCAAUUGUAGGGCAGGUAUGCCAGGGUUUAGCUUUCCUUGAGAAUGCAGAACUGCAAAACACGGUGAUUAGCAAGAGAAGCGUUUUGGGUGACUUGAACGUCAGUGUGAAGAUCCGUGUGCAACCUUGGUGUGAGCCAUGCUACCAUCCUCCGCAGCUGCUAGCAUUCGCACAGCAUGUCAUGUUCCCAUGGAAACUACGCCCAAAUAUGGUAGAAGACGAGACCAAAUGGGCAGAGAAUUCUUAUGCAAUGGACUUCUGGAGAAAACUGCCGUGUGCAACCUCCAUGGGGGGUGUCGUAAAACUGAUUGAUUGCGUUUUGAGCGAUGACCGGUGUCGACAACUUUUGAUACAAAGAUUGCAGCCGGCCAUUAUGCGAGAGCAGCGGCCGACACUUCAAAAUAUAAGCCUGAGUACUCCUGCGUCGACACCACGACCUGAACGAUUCGUAACAGAGGAGGCUGCGGUGAUCGAGAGGUGUGACCCUCCUCUCUGUGAAAAACCGCCGUGUGACAAUGCAUCACUUCGUGCCAAUUCGCCAUUAAGUACUCACUGUGGCGAUAAUGUGCCGGCCAAUCUGAAUCCGAACGAAGAAGUAGUGCGUGACCGUGGCCAGACGCCCGAGGAAAUGAAUGCCCCUUCAUAUCCAUCUCCGUCACCAACGCCUAGGCCCCAACGUAGAUCCCGCGUUACCGACGGCAAGGACAGCGUUGCCUCGACCGAGCAGCCGGCCCGUAAGCGCCGACGAACGAAUGAAAAAGAAAAAGACACAGAAAGAAUGCAAGCGUCGUCGUCGUCGUCGUCGUCGUCGUCUAUACAACCCCCGCGUAAAGUUCGUGGCCCAGGGAAGAAAAAAAAGAAAGUCGUCCCAGAAUUUCGCACCUUAAAGGAGCCACUGCGACGUCAAAUUAGCGAAUAUACUGAGCAGGAUGCCAUCCGAGACGUCGGUCGACUGAUUGACGCCUUUGUGUCCCAGUCAGUUGAAGAAGCGAUGAUUGACUCAACGGGCUCUUGGGUGAGCAAAAUGAAAUGCCACAUAGAUUUCUGUGACAGACUGCAGGCCAAAGGUAAGGCCUUAACUAUUAGGGGCCUGGUCCAGCGUCGAUUCAACGUGCUUCUAUUGAUUGCCGAGUUUCUCCGUCUCAAGAAAGAAGAGAAGGAAGGGAAGCGAUCUGGCGACAUUGCAUCAGAGAUUAAAAAGGGACUAUUCCCAAACAAGACCCGUGGGAAGGCGAACUCUGAGUGGGAUAACAUUUAUCGGGAAGGAAAGGUAUUGUAUGACGCAGUUCAAGAGAAUGGAUUUGGAGUACUCAUCUUUCCACUGUGUGGCGUGACUAAGAAAAGCUUAAAUGGCGUUAGCCACCAAUCGAUGACUGACUUCAUCGACUACAUAGACAAGUGUCAGCCAAACCUCAAAGAAAGACUUCGCAAUCUGUCUUACAUUCUGCCCAGAUUGAUGACUCAGGGGUUGCCACCUGGUGGCUUGGGGGUCGAUACGUUGGAUCUUGACGGCACGGAUGCUAUUAAUCGCUGUUGCCCAUUGCCCCCUGGUGUUGACGCUGCGGAAUUGCAUACGGCGAUGUCCUUUACAGUCAUUCCAUCCUGGCCGAAGCAAGCAGCCGUUGAUGUUGUGUCCUUUCAGGAUAACGAUUCUCCCACCGACCAGGGAGAACUUCCGUCACAGGUAUCUUGGAAUUUGCCUUCAGAAGCAAAUGGUCUUUAUGGCGUUGAUUACGACUUGGGCUCCGGAGAUACCUUGGAUCAACAAUUUUUGGCGUAA